GUCUCUCAAAAACUGUUAAAAACAAAAAAACUUAUCUCUUUAUAAAAUUAUUUCUCUUCCGUUGAAAAUGGUAUAUAAUUAAUAGAAAGUAUAAUGAUCUUUCUGUCUUUUAUUUAUGGUCCUCGUUGAUUGGUGGUUUCCUCGGUGUUUGUUUAGUCUUAGUGUUGAUUUUUUAUUUAUUUUUUUCACUUUAAGGAGAGUAGGAACUUCUCGUGGAUGAGGUAUUGGGGUGUUCUUUGUUUUUGAAGUUGGUGUGCUUGUUUUGUUUUUUUGCUGGUGUAAUUUUUGGUGUGUUUGUUUUCUCCGACUUGUAAUGCAAACGGUGUGAAAACUGCGGGAAAAUAAACUGCAGGAAAUCUGUUCCAUAGAAAUGCACUUGAAAUGCAUAUAAGCUACUCAUAUAUCCCUUGAAACAAACACAUAAGACAUUAUCACAACGUAAAAAUGGAUUUGAGUAUGAAUUAUGGCAAUAUUGAAGAAAGUGAGUUGUAUGAUGCUCAAUUCCAUUUGUACAAACAUAUAUACAACAUUCAAAGUUCUAUGGCAGUCAAAUUUGCAGUGGAGUUAGGAAUAGCAGAUGCAAUCCACAACCAUGGAAAACCCAUAACACUUGCUGAAUUAGCUUCAUCUUUAAAACUCCAACCUUCUAAAGUUAAUAUCCUAUAUCGACUCAUGCGCUUCCUAACACACAAUGGUUUCUUCGCAAAAACAACGUCGAAAGCCAAAGCAGGGGAAGAAACAGUGUAUUCUCUAACACUACCAUCAAAACUUCUCAUCAGAGGCAAACCGAUGUGCUUAGCAUUCUUUGCUAGCGGUCAUCCACGUUAUAUGAACAUGUGGAACUACACCAAGAAGUGGUUGCUUGAGGACAAGGAAGAACUCAGCCUAUUUGAGAGUGCAAAUGGGGAGACAUUCUGGGAAAUGCUAAACAAAGAUUCUGAAUCAGAUAACCUGUGUUUUUUUCAAGAGGCCAUGGAAGCUGAUUCUCAUAUGUUUAAGCUUGCACUCAAAGACUGCAAGCAUGUGUUUGAAGGUUUGGAGACUUUGGUUGAUGUGGGAGGUGGGACUGGAGUUGUUGCAAAACUCAUUCAUGAAGUAUUUCCUGAUAUUAAAUACACUGUUUUGGAUCAACCACAGGUUGUUGGUAACUUAACUGGAAAUGAAAAUUUGAACUUUGUUGGUGGAGAUAUGUUCAAAUUUAUCCCUCAUGCAGAUGCUGUUUUACUUAAGGUAUGAUUUCAUUUGAUUUUGUCCAUAUAUGUUUGCAUGCGUCAAACACAU